AUGCAGAAAGGAAUCCGCCUGAAUGAUGGGCACCUUUCAUACCUGGGGGUUCUGGCCAAGAAAGAUGGAACGAGGAAAGGUUACCUGAGUAAGAGGAGCUCGGACAACACCAAAUGGCACAACAAGUGGUUUGCCCUGCUUCAGAACAUGUUGUUUUAUUUUGAGAACGAUUCCACCACGAAAGCCUCUGGUCUCUACUUACUGGAGGGGUGCGUGUGCGAGCGAGCACCGUCACCCAAACCAUCGCUCUCAGCCAAGGAAUCCCUGGAAAAGCAGUAUUAUUUCACAAUUAACUUUGGCCAUGAUGCUCAGAAAGCCCUGGAACUGAGGACAGAGGAUGUGAAGGAUUGUGAUGACUGGGUGGCAGCAAUUGGUCACGCAAGUUACAGAAACCUCGCGACAGAACAUGAGUCCUUGAUGCAGAAAUACCUGCACCUACUACAGAUCGUAGAGACUGAGAAAACAGUUGCGAAACGACUUCGACACCAAAUUGAGGACCAGGAGAUUGAAGUGGAGCGAUUAAAAUCUGAGAUUGCUUCACUGCUUAAAAACAAUGAACGCAUCCAAUUAACACAACCUGCGGCACAGAAUGACGAAGAUGUUGAUAUAAGGAAAAUCAAAAAGGUGCAGAGCUUCUUGCGAGGAUGGCUAUGCAGAAGAAAAUGGAAGACCAUCAUUCAGGACUACAUCCGAUCCCCCCACGCAGAGAGCAUGAGGAAGAGGAACCAGGUGGUGUUCAGCAUGCUGGAGGCUGAAGCUGAGUACGUGCAGCAGCUCCACAUCCUCGUUAACUGCUUUCUUCGACCUCUCAGAAUGGCUGCCAGCUCCAAAAAACCUCCAAUUGCCCAUGACGAUGUCAGCAGCAUCUUUCUAAACAGUGAAACAAUCAUGUUUUUGCACCAAAUAUUUUACCAAGGACUCAAAGCUCGCGUAUCCAGCUGGCCCACAUUAGUAUUAGCUGACCUGUUCGACAUUCUCCUCCCAAUGCUGAACAUCUACCAGGAGUUCGUGAGGAAUCACCAGUACAGUCUACAGAUCCUGGCCAGCUGCAAACAGAACAGAGACUUUGAUAAACUGCUGAAACAAUAUGAAGCAAAGCCAGACUGCGAAGAGAGGACGUUGGAGACAUUCCUGACCUACCCAAUGUUUCAGAUCCCCAGAUACAUCCUGACCCUACAUGAACUGCUGGCCCACACACCUCAUGAACAUGUGGAGAGGAAGAGCCUGGAAUACGCAAAAUCGAAGCUGGAGGAACUGUCACGAAUAAUGCACGAUGAAGUGAGUGAAACAGAAAACAUUCGGAAGAACCUCGCCAUCGAACGGAUGAUUGUGGAAGGAUGCGAGAUCCUUCUGGACACAAGCCAGACCUUUGUACGACAAGGGUCACUUAUCCAAGUACCAAUGACUGAAAAAGGGAAAAUCACACGAGGCCGGUUGGGAUCACUAUCCCUGAAAAAGGAGGGAGAAAAGCAGUGCUUUCUGUUCUCCAAACACUUGAUAAUUUGCACCAGAGGAUCAGGUGGAAAACUUCAUUUAACAAAAAAUGGAGUACUUUCACUCAUUGACUGCACCUUGAUGGAAGACACAGAAGCCACAGAAGAUGAAUCUCGGGGAUUGGGACAGGACAUGGAACACCUUGACUUCAAAAUCGUUGUGGAACCAAAAGAUUCUCCUUCCUUCACUGUGAUCCUGGUGGCCUCAUCACGUCAGGAGAAAGCAGCGUGGACAAGUGACAUCAGCCAGUGCAUAGAUAACAUUCGAUGCAAUGGUCUGAUGAUGAAUGCGUUUGAAGAGAAUUCAAAAGUCACAGUUCCUCAGAUGAUUAAGUCUGACACAAGCCUGUACUGUGAUGAUGUUGAUAUACGAUUCAGCAAAACCCUCAAUUCCUGCAAAGUUCUCCAGAUUCGCUAUGCAAGUGUGGAACGUUUGUUGGAACGCCUGACUGAUCUGCGCUUCUUGAGUAUAGACUUCCUCAACACGUUCUUGCAUUCAUAUCGAGUUUUCACUACAGCUGAUGUCGUGCUGGACAAGCUCAUCACCAUCUACAAGAGGCCAAUAAGUGCAAUACCUGCAAGGUCACUCGAACUGUUUCUUGCAAGCAGCCAAAAUAAUAAGCUUUUGUACAGAGAGCCCCCAAAAUCCCCUCGAGCCAGUCGGAAAUUUUCCUCCCCGCCACCUCUAUCUAUUUCCAAAUCAUCAUCGCCAAUUCGGAGGAGGAAGCUUUCCUUAAACAUUCCCAUUAUAACUGGGGGAAAGGCUCUGGAUCUGGCCACGAUGACCUGCUCAGCCAAUGGCUAUGCAAGCAUGUACUCUUCCUCAUCGCCCUUCAGCAAGACCACCCUGGAUAUCAAUAAACUGUACGUGUCAAGCACUUAUUCCAACAAGCUCCCUGAUGAGCAAGAAACCAAACUGGAUAAAGAUGAAGAUGUUGGUCCUACCAAAGGAGGCAAGACAGUCAAGGAAGAUUCUGAGAUCGAGCAGGCUCUUAGUGAUGAGGCUGAGACAGAAACUUCACCAACAAAAUCUCCAACAACACCAAAAAAACUGAAAGGCAAGAACUCCUCAGAAUUUUCCUUGUUUUCCUACAAUAAUGGAGUGGUGGUCACAUCCAGCCGGGAGAUGGACAACAACCGCAGUGCACUUUCAGCAACCUCAGCCUUUGCCAUUGCUACAGCGGGAGCCAAUGAGGGCACACCCACCAAGGAGAAGUUCAGACGGAUGUCCUUGGCCAGUGCAGGCUUUCCUGCUGACCAGAGAAUUUGUGACAAAGAGUUUGUCAUUCGAAGAGCAGCGACGAAUCGUGUGCUCAAUGUGUUGAGGCACUGGGUCUCAAAGCAUUCCCAGGAUUUCGAAGCAAACACUGAACUGAAAACUAAAGUGAUUGGUUUUCUAGAGGAAGUCAUUCAUGACCCUGAGCUGCUAACACAGGAGAGGAAAGCAGCUGCCAACAUCAUCAGGACUUUGAGCCAAGAAGACUCUGUGGACAAUCAAACAACAUUGGAAGAGAUAAUGAACGUGACAGAGGAAGAGACAUUCGAAAAUCUCUCUGCCUUGGAGAUAGCUGAGGAAUUGACAUUAUUGGAUCAUCUCAUCUUCGGAUGUAUUCCGUAUGAGGAGUUUUUCGGUCAGGGCUGGAUGAAACCCGAGAAGAAUGAGAGAGCCCCGUACAUUAUGAAAACUACCAAGCACUUCAAUGAUAUCAGCAACUUAAUAGCUUCGGAGAUUUUGAAGAGUGAUGAUAUUAACAUUAGAACGGCAGCCAUUGAGAAAUGGGUGGCGGUGGCAGACAUCUGCAAGUGUCUACACAAUUACAACGCUGUGCUGGUGAUAACCUCAGCGUUGAAUCGUAGUGCGAUCUUCCGGUUGAAGAAGACAUGGCUGAAAGUAUCAAAACAGACAAAGGCAUUAAUCGACAAGUUGCAAAAACUGGUGUCUUCUGAAGGACGAUUCAAAAACCUCCGGGAGGCUUUGAAAAAUUGUGACCCUCCGUGUGUUCCUUAUUUGGGGAUGUACCUAACAGACCUGGCAUUCAUUGAGGAGGGAACACCAAAUUAUACUGAAGAUGGAUUAGUCAAUUUCUCCAAGAUGAGAAUGAUAUCUCACAUAAUUCGAGAAAUCAGACAAUUCCAGCAGACUGCCUAUAAGAUAGAGCAACAAACCAAGGUGACAUGCUAUUUACUGGUCCAGUCAAAUGUCAUGGAUGAAGAAAGUCUUUAUGAAGCAUCCCUGAGGAUAGAACCAAAGCUUCUGACCUGA